UAUUUUCGCUGCGAUUACUGAAAACAAAGCACAAAUACGCAAGUUCUAUUGAAACAAAGCGUCGGUGAACACAAGCGCGACUUGAUUCGUUUUGUGCCUUAGCUACUGUAGAGUAUAGGAGAUAGCUUAAUCCACUAUUCAGCCAGCGCCUGUUAAGUAUGGUUCAGCACAGGACGUUCCUCCUCGCGGCCUUGAUGCUCGGGCUAGGCGUCAUAUCCCAGAUAGCCGUGGCUCAGGAGACGCUUGAAGUAUGCCCAUCUAAUAACUGGCGGAAACUGCCAUUCCUACGCGGGCCAUCGGAAGCCUUCCGGAACGUCACAAAGUGGAAGCAAGCUGAUGUUGAGGAUUACGCCAAGAAGACGGUUGUGCCCCAAGUGAUUGCGAACAUCAUAUUCUUCGCUAUGGCAGUGUUCACGCUGCUAGGCUUCCUCCUGUGGCGCCUGUUCCGCCGGUGCUGCAUGUGCUGCUGCAUGAAGGAGUCAUGCGCCACUAAGCGCGGGGCGGCGGACCCGAAGCAAGUGCUUAGCGGCUGGGGCUAUUGGAUCACCAAGAUCCUCAUCUUGCUCCUAGCUCUGGCGGCCUUCUGCUUCAUGAUUGCUGGCAUGGCCACUGCGGAGAAGGACCUGGUGGUCAAGGUGUGGGAGCCGCUGGACCGCCUGACGGGCUAUUUGGGCAACACCACCAACACCAUGGACUCGCUCAUCCGGUCCUUGGACGGCGUCAACCCCAUCCUCAACAACCUCACGGCCAUUGCCAACAACGAUAUCAACUUCGCUGCCCUGAAGAGCAACCUCAAUGACAUCAGUACCUUCCUGGACCUGCCCGCCGCCAACCCUAACACCAUCGACGGCGCGCUGCGCGACCUGGACUCCUCCAUCACCUCGGCACGCAGCCAGAUGGCGGCGCUCAAGUCAUCCAUGGCGGCGCAGCAGCCCAACAUCACCGCCUUCGCGGGCGGCAUGGGCCCGCUGUCCACUGCCGUGUCCACCUUCACCGACUACAACAACAAGCUCACCACCCUGGCCGUCCAGUUCACCACGCUCACCGGCACCGCCAGCACGCCCUACAACCCCACGCCGCUGGCCACCGCCAUGGCGGCUGUAAACCUGGCCUCCUGGCGGCCCAACGUGGACGCCAUGGCGGCGGCGCUGGACGUGUGGCGCUACGUCAAGGACACGCAGGCGCUGAGCACGUUGGCCAACGCCGCGCGCGACCUAAACACGCUGGUCGGCGACGUUAAGAACAACAAGCUGCCGGGUGCCAGCAACGCCAUCACGAACUUCCUGAGCGCCUGGACCACCUACGGCCCCGCCUUUGCCGCGAUCAUUGCGCGCGUAGACUCCAUCCAGGCCACGGUGGUUGGCCUAGACGCCAGCAGCAACGCCUCCAUCAACCGCCUGCGCACCAUCAACGCCAACGUCACCGCCCUGCUGGCCAAGAGCCCCACGCCCGCCUCCCUGGCGGCCAACCUCAACUCCCUCAGCACCGAGCUCAGCCUGGGCCCCAUCACUUCGCUGGUGACCGACCUGAACAACGCGCAGAACGCAAUCAGCAACGUGCCAGACGCCAGCAUCAACGGCGCCCGCACGACCAUCGCAGCGGUCAAGGCCGCGCUUGACGCGCUGGCGCCCAAGAAAGACCUCACCGCUACCGCGCUGACGACCUACACGGCCGCGCAGAACAACGCCAACCUGGGCGCCCUCAAGGGGACGGUCUCCGGCGCUGGCAACAGCGCAGAGCUGACCAACACCGCACAGGCCGCCGCCGCAGCCGCCGCCUCGAGCACCGCCGUGCUGGCGCUGCAAACCGCCAUCAACGCCGGCGGCCUGGUGUCCACCAGCGCGAACAUCAAGAACAACCUGGCGACACAGCUGACCACACUGGACUCCGCCACGGCCUCGCUGGACGGCCGCAUCAGCACACCGCUCAGCACCUACACCUCCCUCACCAGCUCCGUGGUGGGCGUCUACAACGGCCUGCCCACGCCCAAGUCGCGGGAGGUCAGCUCCGUGACCAGCACCGUCAACGAUGUGGAGAAGGACAUGGUCACUGUCCCGGGCACAGUGCGGUCCGACGUGAACUCCAUCCAGAGCAAGUUCGGCAACGGCGUCAAUGACCUCCGCAAUAAGGUCAUCAAGAAGGUCAAUGACUUCAAGAGCAAGAAUCAGAAGAAACUGGAUGACGCCGACAGCAAACGCUACAUCGCUACUGUGGUGCUGUUCGCCAUCUCGGCCUUCUUCGUGCUGCUGCUGCUCCUGUUCGUGGCCAUCAACUGCCCCUGGGGCAUCGGCUGCGCCAUCGUCCUGUGCCUGGUCAUGACCAUCCUGCUCUACCUGCUAUCCGUGCUCUUCGCAGUGGGCCUGGUGGGAGCGCAGGACGGCUGCUACUACACCGAGACAGUUGCGCUCAACGCCAUCGGCAACACCUCCAACAUCCAGCCCAUCAUGCGCUACUACAUCCUGGACGCGAACACCAACGUGUCCGUCAAGUCCGUGCUCAAGACCGCCAACCUGGUGGACGUGGACAGCGUGACCGGCAAGGUGACGGACCAGGCCAAUGCCAUCCUGAGCAACAUCACCGCCACCUACACGCCGCGGCCCAAGCUGCAGACGGUGCUGGACGGAGUGACAGGCUUCAUCAAUGACACACUGGCGCGGGUCGACGACCUGCUGGCGAUGGCGGGCGUGCAGAACGUGCGGCCCAUCUACGUGGAGGUCAAGGAGUUCCCCUGCUGCGACCUGGCGGGCAACGCCGGCCAGACCUGGGUGGUUCUGACCUUUGGCGGCUGGCUCAUCAUGCUGGCCGUGCAGGUCAGCUUCGGCCACCUGUCCCGCCUGGACCAGCUGCCGCAGAGCGGCUGCUGCGGCUGCAAGCCGCUGCUCCUGCGCCGCAUCCAGGCGCAGGUGCACCCCGACGGUGGCAUCGCGGACGAGGAAAAGGGCCACGUCGACAGUGACGGCGCCGUCAAGGCGGUGGUGCUGUCCGCGCCGCCGGCGGGGCAGACCAUGAUGAUGACCGGCGUGGCGGUCGGCGCCGGCGCGGGCGCGGGGAUGAUGAUGGCGGCGGAUGGCACGCCUUCGGCGCCGCCGGCUUACGCCGCCUACCCGCCCGCGGCGGUUGCGAUGGACCCACACACGGGUGCGCCGGUUGACGCCUACACAGGCGCGCCCAUUGAUCCCUACACCGGCAUGGCGAUGGUGCCCACGACACCGCCGCCGCCGCCGGUGGUGCCGCCGCCCGCGGCCGCGCAAUGACUUGCCGGGCCGUCAUAUCCUGUUCCUGCUCCUGCAUACCAAGCCCGCCCCAUGGUGGCGUACGGUGGUGGCAGCGGCUACCCUGGGGCUGGCAGCCACACCAUGCGUCCGCCGUCGUACCAGCCACUGCCGCCUGCACAGCUGAUGCCGUACACAGUCGGCCCUGGCGGCUUCUCAGGCCAGGCGGUGGGAGGGCAGUAUGGGGGUCAGCCGCGGUGGGCAGCUGCACCGCCGCCUAGAUAUUACUAGCGUAGUCGGGGCGACAACUGAGUGGCUUCGUGUCGUAUGACAUUAAUGUAGCGCAUUCAUCCUUUUACUGCACGAAGCGAGCUUGGUCCGGGUACCGUUUUCUAUCCCUUCGUUCUGAUAUUGUUCAUGGGUGGUUUGGUCCCACAACGCGCAAGGCAAAGCGAUUCAUGGGCUGCGGCUCGAGGGAAGGGCAGACACGGUGCAGGAUGCGACGGCCAAACAGGGAAUCUAUAAGGUACAGAUGUGUGUCACUAUCUAUGACGUGCAGAAAUGCACGGCUCCGGAGCACCGGGGUUACAUGAUGUGUUUGUGAGAUACGCAGAGGGGGCAUUGUGUCAUCGCGUCAGGCUGUCGACUAAAGUACAACGCCGGUGGUGUAUGUGGGCAUUGCGGGCUUGACUGCGUGUGUGGUGCUGCACAACAUUGUUUAACAUCUUGUUUGUGGGGGUAAACUUCGAAAGGAGGCGUGGGCCGCUUCAACUCCGAUUGGGAGACAGGAGGGGGGGUCGUAUGGCCACCCAUGCGAAUCCGGUAGUCAUUUCAGGUCGGGGUUGCGGCACUUUCAGGCGAGGGCGACGAGGGCGGCUUCGCUUCGUGAAGUUGCGACCUGGGACAAGUACGGAAGAGGGCGUCGGGCGCUGUACGCAUGUCGCGCAGCGCCUGCAUGUAGAGAUAUUUAGAUACAUGGAAACGCGGUCGGGUGUGGGCGGCACGUGGGCGAGGUGUGCGGGGGUGCGAUGGGUGCUGGCGGGCAGCCACUGGCAGGCCGGGGUUUGCUGAACGAGCUGAGUCACUACAGACAUGCCAAGCAAGUGCACACCGACCUACUCGCAUCGGUGUGUUCUUGUGUGUUGCAUAUGGCUGACUGGUGCUCUCGACUGCACGCAACCCCGAUAGCCUGGCGUCGAGUGGCUGGAACCAGCGAAUCCAGGGCUGCGCCUCCUGGUGCGGGCUUGCUGUCCUGGAGGUGGGUCACUUGGGUGCCGCAUAGCAGGGGCCGCACGAUAUGGAAACUGCAGAGGCGGCAAGGUGUGGAGGCGCAUGUGGUGUCGGUAGAGUGGUGGUGGCGGUGGGCCUGGCGAUGAGGGGGCAGUGGGCGACAACGCAUGGCGACGCAGUGCCAGAGGUCGGGUCCAGUCGGUGCUGGGUCGGUGUCGGUGCCGGGUCGGUGUAAACCUCAAGGUGGAGACCUCGAGUGUAAAUGGCUGGGAGCCUGGGAUGCACGCGCGCACUCACGUGUCGCGUCAUUCUACCGGUAAUGAAUGUCUC